AACCUUAUGGAUUCCCCAAGGGAGGACCUGAGCCUCCCUGGCGUGUGGGUCUCACUGUACUUUGGAUUCCUGGGGCUGUGUUCUGUGGUAACUGGCGGCUGCAUUCUCUUUCUGCACUGGAAGAAGAACUUGCGGCGAGAAGAGCGUGCCCGGGAGUGGGUGGAUGUGAUGAGAGCUUCCACGUUCACCUACAGCCCACUGUUGUAUUGGAUUAACAAGCGACGGCAGUAUGGCAUGAAUGCAGCCAUCAACAUGGGCCCUCCUCCUGCUGUCACCAAGACUGAGACCGAGGCCCAGAAUCUAGAUCCUCUGUGGGAGCUGGAUGUCCCCAAGGGCAGGAGCCAUGCUGUCCAAGACAGCAGCCCCCAAGUGGAGGCCUCUGUCCUCCUGCAACCUGCACUGCAGCUGAUGCCACAACAGCCCCUACCCACCCCAACGCCACAGCCUCAGGCCAGCUCUCCACUCCCAAUUCCCAUCUUUGAGGAGGUGCCCUUUGCCCUGUCCCUGUGCAACCUACCCCCCAUGAUGAACCAUUCUGUCUCCUACCCUUUGGCCAUCUGUCCUGAGAGGAACAUACACUUCCAUUCCCUUCCCACACUGGCCCGAGGUGACCACUGCGCCAAUGCCAAGCCUUUUGCUUCAGAAUUGUAG